CAAGCUCGACAGACGAAACAGAAGCAAAAAAAAACUCCUCGAACAUCAUUCGUCCAGUAAUUAAUUGAUACACUGUUGCCUUUAAAUUAUACGAUUCCCCUUUUGAGCCCACCAGGUUUAGUUGGUGUGUGCGGUCUAAGCAGCUAGCCAGCACUGCUAAACCUCGUCAGCAACGAAUUAACGAAAAGAAAAUGCUGAAGGAUCUCAUCGCGGCUGAAACGGUGACACCUGAAAAAUGUGCCGGAUGUGGAAUAUCCAUAAGAGACCGAUACUAUCUGCUGGUAGCUGACCGAGCAUGGCACAACCAAUGCCUGCGGUGUUGCAAGUGCCUAGCCAACCUGGAAACGGAACUGAGCUGUUACGCUCGGGAAGGAAACAUCUACUGCAAGGAUGAUUACUACAGACAUUUUUCGUCACGCCGAUGUUCUCGUUGCGGAUCCGGUAUCAGCGCUUCCGAGUUAGUGAUGCGAGCCAAGGAUUUAAUUUUCCACGUAAACUGUUUCUCCUGUGCAAUAUGUGGUCAACUUCUACGCGGAGGUGACACCGCCGGUAUCCGAGAGGGCCGCAUCUUCUGUGGCGAACAUUACGACGCCGAUGUGCUCAGUGAACCAGAAACAAUUUCACCGCAGUUUUACCCCGGCGGACAUCAGCCCGUUCAGCCCCAGCAGCAUACCCAAAAGGGACGGCCCCGAAAGCGAAAACCUACACCGCAGCUGCUAGAUUCGCAGCAGCAGAACCAGCCACCCCCGCAACAUGACACACUGGAUGCCGGUACGCCUCUGCGAUUAGAUUUGCUGCAUAAGGAGCUCAGCGUCAGCAAUCUGGAUUUGUCCUCGUACGACGGAAGCCAAUCACCUGGUUCCGGUGGCAGUUUAACACCAAACUGCCGGACCAAGCGAAUGCGGACAUCCUUCAAGCAUCACCAGCUACGAACGAUGAAGUCCUACUUUGCGGUCAACCAGAAUCCGGAUGCUAAGGACCUGAAACAGUUGGCACAAAAGACGGGCCUUUCAAAGCGGGUACUGCAGGUAUGGUUUCAAAACGCUCGCGCCAAGUGGCGUCGGAACGUGAUGCGCCAGGAUGGUGGUCUCGUUAAUGCAGGCCAACCACUGGGUGGUCUGCCGUCGAUUACGACCGCAAGUCUGCACCACCAUCACCAUCACCACCAUCCCGGCAGUGGCAAUCCAAGCAAUACCAGCAGCAGUGAUGGGGAUAUGUCUUCCAGUCAGGCUCUGGAGGAGAUGCACAAUAUGACUUUUGCCGAGCUGUACUGACACAAUCUGAUGAUCAAAAAUAUGAUUUUGUCGAACGUCAUCAAAUUGUCGCAAAAUCAACGGUCCACUCAGCAGCAAUCGCCGAUGGUUACGCCCAGCCAGGAACAACAAGCUGGCCCCGGGACCGAGUCGGGUGAGACAGGGUUGAGUGGUGGUGCUGAAAAAACACCCAACUGGAGCAGUGCUUACAGUGAUGCUAAUCAUUAGAAUUGUAUAAAGAUUGACAAAGUGGGUCCGGAGCGUGCAAUAGAAUUAACGGGUGAUUAAAAUCGACACUAAUUGCUAGUUUUCAAGUAGUUGAUUACAAGAGCAGAUACCCGACCCAGAUGUGACAGGUGACUGAAUGUACGCUGGUCACGCAAUCAUACAAAGUAUAGACAGACAGACAGACAGACAGACUGUCAGACGUACAUACAUAAUAUAUCACACAUGAGUUGCUAGUGACUAUCAAUUUCGUUAGAGGGCACAGAACUGCACUAGCAUGUAGGAAUGCGCCCUGCUAAGUGUUGCAGAUCAGCAAUCAGGGUUUUUCGUGUCGUUUAUCGGUUGAGUAAAAUAUUUAUUUGGGCUGAUAGUUUGAGGAAUAAUAGACGUUAUGUGUUGACAAGUGAACAAGGUGCAAAAGAUAGUAUUUUCUGUACAUCAAACUGAAGAAUGUCGCACAAAAAAGGGUUGUAUGGGUUGUAUACAACAAACAAGUACAGUGACUUGAAAAUGACAGCGUAUAAACUUAAUGUUGCGAUCACGUCAUCUUUUUACCAGUGUGAUCUCCAAAACUCUAUAUUCCCUGUCAGGACCGUAGUGUGGUCUUCUGGCGCCCUUGGCGAUGGCUUAAUUUUACGCCCCUUUGACGUUUACUUUGCACUUCUUUUUCAAUUCGUCUGCCAAACAAUAAUUUCAUGUAUAGAGUACUUGACAAUCUGUAACUGUAUUAGUGUGUUCAACGGUUUGUUUUCCUCCACCUGUCAUAAUGUUCUGAUAGGUGGAGGAAAAUAAAUCGAAAAUAGCUUUUCGGUGAGAUUAUUUGCACGAUGAAACCCGACCAACCGGUAUUGUACGUCUGUGGAAUAAGUUUCACAGUGACACAGAGCAUUUAAACACCAUCACAAACACUUUAGACAAGUUAUUUCAAACGUUUGAAUUCACUGACAGUUUUGAAUAUGACAGCUGGAGGAAAACAAACCCCAAGUAGUGUGAGUAAAAUCAUUUGCAAAGUACUCUAUACCUGAAAAUGGCACACCUAUGCUGACUAAUACAACUAUUCAUCAGUAGUGGUAUAAAAUUUCACUGACAAACUGGAUGAGCAGGACUUUCACUGCGAUAUGACAAUGUUUAUUCGUGAAUUAGGAGGACUAGUAAAAGCAUCUAGACUAUCACAUAAGAAGUUUUAUUGACUUGACAAAAAAAAUUUGGUUAAAUACCAUUGAGUAUGAUGCCCCGUGCCGAUCCCUACACUUUUUUUCCUUUCCCAAUAGACACAAAGCGAAGAAUGCGGAAACUAAUUCAAUCUUUCGAAAGCGACACAAAAAACCGAAAUUUUCCUAUUUCGAGCAUUGCCAUCAGUAUGCUACCCAUGAUCGCAAAUCAGUCCCAUAAAAAUAGGAAAGCCCAUAGAAAAGGGGACAAAUAUGCGAUUAUGGGCAGUAUGGAACACCAACAAAACAGAAUAUGUCAUGCAAAUUCACUGCAGAUUUGUUUAUAGUAUCAUCAUUACGGUGACUGAAGGCUGCGGAGCAUUUACUCGGAAGAAUUUGUAAAAUCAGAGAUCGGUUAACUGAGUAGACGAAUUUAAUCAUAAAAAAUUUAAAGAACUUUUAUGAAUAUUUGUUCCUUCCUCAAAAAUGUAACUAUUUCCUGAAAACACCCAUUUCCUAUAGACUGUUGGACUUUCGUUCAUUUUGAUCUGUUGAUUCGUGAAAUCAGUUGAAGCUAGGUGUUCGAAGACAACUA